CUAGCGCUUCGCCCCGUCUUCGCCUUCGGCUCCGGCCCGGCCCGGUCCAGCAUCAUGGCUCUGCCCUUGCUGCCCGGUAACUCCUUCGAUAGGAACCUCGGGAAAGAAAAGUUUCACAAAUCUCAACAUUGGGGAUUUUGCAACAGGGUUGGUAUGCUGCUGAGUGGAGACAAACCCGGUAUUGGAGGGGAGCCGCUGCCAGGGCAAAAACCCACGCCCAAGUACAGCGUGUUUCCUCGAGGAGUGGGAAGUGAUGCCCCAUCAUGGAUUGCAUUUGAUAAGCAGGUAUUGUCUUUUGAUGCCUAUUUUGAAGAUGAAGUCCCUGAUAAAAAUCAAGAGCUGUAUAGAAUAAGGCACUGUAAAAUCUUCUUCUACCUUGAAGAUGAUACAAUUCAAGUGGUUGAACCACAGGUGAAAAAUAGUGGAAUUCCACAAGGAACUAUUGUUCGGCGACAUCGGAUUCCACUUCCACCUCCCGAUGAGGAUCGGUUUUAUACGGUAGACUUCUUCAACGUCGACACUGAAGUCAUAUUUUAUGCCCAGAAAUACAAAAUUGUAGACUGUGACCAGUUCACCAAACAUUUUUUGAGGAAACUGGGAGUCCGGGUAAACCCCCCGGUCUUUUGUCCAGAAGAUCCUUACAUGAAAGAGCGGAAGAAGGUGACAGAUAAGAUGAAUCCCUUUCGCCCUUAUGAACACAUUGAUACCUUGGGCCAAUUCUUGGAGCAUGAUGGCCAUGUUCUGCGUUUCUUCUGCUUGUGGGAUGACACUGAAUCUGUAUUUGGAGAUCCAAGAAAACUCAUCCUCCACUACUUUUUGGCUGACGAUACCAUUGAGAUAAAAGAAGUGAUCCAAGCCAACUCAGGCAGAGAUGCUGUUCCUUUAUUCCUUAACAGAAGAAAGCUGCCUAAGUUUGCCCCAACUGGAAUGUAUCAACCCGGCCAAAUUACAGAUCGCACCCUUCUCAAUGUAUUUGGAGGAUUAGUGGGGAAUAAAGGACGUUACAUUCUGGAUAAUCGUAAGACAGGACACGUGCUCCAGGAAUUUUACAAAGACAAUGACCUGACCCUGGGGGCUACCAUCAAUGUCUGGGGAAGAAAGGUCCUCCUCUGUGACUGCGAUGACUUUACUAAAGAAUAUUAUAGGACGAAAUAUGGAAUUGAGACGUUUACCCCGGUCCCAUGUAAAGCCGCUCCUUGUCCAAAGCCAGAAAAGACCCUUCCACCGUACAACGGCUUUGGUUCUGAAGAGGACUCCCUUUGUUCCUGUGUAGGAAUCCUGCCCAAACCUCCCCAAAAAGACUUCAAGAAGUUCAUGGAAAAAGACAGCUUUGGCGGUGAGAGUAAUAUCCUUCGAUUUAUUGCAAAAUUCAUCACUGAUGACCCUGUUGACAGGGAAAGAAAGUUUGUUGUUUCAUUUUUCCUCAGCGAUGACUCUAUUUCGGUCUUUGAGCCGCCACAGAGAAACUCAGGGGUGAUUGGAGGGAAGUUCUUGGAAAGAGGUCGUAUUAAGAAGCCUGGACAGGAAGUCUAUAAGAGUGAACCCUCAGAGUUCUACAAGGCUCAGGAUCUCUUUGUCGGAGCCAGGGUUUGUUUCCAUGGUCACAACUUUCUCUUGGUGAAGACGGAUGAAUAUACUUUCAACUAUAUGGAGAAGCAUGCAGAUGAGUUCCCUAUGGCCAAUGUCAAAGUCAUCCUAAACAAACUGAAAGCUGUAGGAGGACCCAGCGCCAGAGAGAUCAAACAGAUCUUCGCCGCUAUGGAUCCUUGCCAUACGACGUGGAUGGAAUACAGCAAAUUCAGAGAUGUGGUGGCAAAUGUGAUGGAUGGAAAUCUCUCAGAGCACGAGAUCAUGACCCUGGGGCGUAGCUAUGGCAUCCGGGAGGAUGAGGGUGUAGAUGUCAAUUUUCUGCUUGCCCUCGCCCAACAGCAGCUGAAGAAAAACACCUUUGAGAAUUUUGACCAGAUAAUUGCUGCCAGUGCCUACGACGAUAGGGAAAGAAAAGGCUCACUGCCCACAGAAGAAAUCCGAACUAUUUGCAAGGCCUUCAGAUUGCCCUUGGCAGACAGUCUUCUACAGGCACUGCUCGCUGUGUUUCAAGACAGCAAUGAACAAAUAGAUUACAAGAAGUUUUUUUCUGGUCUAAACUGGAGGGGAAAUGCAAUUCCUGCUUCCCAAACAACGAUGAUGACUACAGAGGCUGAAGAUGUCCAGGGAGGUCAACUUUCCCCUCCUCCAGUGAAAUGUGUCAAAUACCUGCCUCUGCUAAAGGAUGUGUUUGGCAUUGAAGAACAACCUGAAUGAAUGUUUUCACUGUACCAAAUGUAUUUUGAAAGAAACAGUCCCCUUAAAAAGAAUCAAAGAUGCAUGGUUUUGAAUUUUAAAUGUCUUACUCCAUAAAGAAGCAUAGUUAAUCUAUUUUGGUCAUUUUCAUUUUAUCAGAAUGCUAAAUUGCAAUGUUGGUACAAAGGGACCAUUCAAAUAUCUUUUAAAGAAAUUACUUAUUUUUAUCAUGGGUUCCAAUUCUUAAUGACAGGGUCUUUGAUUCAUUCUUUUUGACUGUCCUAAGCCAUUCUGACCUGAAAGGAAAAUGUAUUUUAUAUGGGACAGCACAAAGCAUGUGAUAUCAAAUCAGUAGGUAAGUGUUUACUACUUUCUUGGCAUACUUUUCAGCUGCAUUUUAGCAUUAGAGAGAACUAACCGUUCUUUCAACUACCAUGUUGGGUCCAGUAUUAUCAGAAUCUGUCACUUAAUAAUAUUUAUUUGGUACAGGGCAGAGCACUGUACUAAAUGUUUGAGUAUAGUAGAAUUAAUAGACACAAUAUCUACCUUCAAACCAAGACAAUAUCAAGUAAUUGGAGAAGCAGCAUAACCUAGUGGCUACAGCAUGGACCUGGGAGUCACCCAGCUCUUCAUCUGGUCUGCUGAUCUGCUUGUAUCCAGCGCUUAGUACAGUGCCUGGCACUUAGUAAGCACUUAACAAAUACCAUAAUUAUAAUGAAUUACUUUUAAUUUAUUGUUUCUGUCUCCCUUCUUUAUAAACCCCUUUUUAAACAAACUGGAGAGCAAGGGUCAGGUCUACUAAUUCUACUAUACUGUUCCAAGCCUUUAAAUACAUGCUUUGCACAGAGUAAGCAUGCAGUAAAUGCAAUUGAAGUACUAGGUGCGAAACAAACUUUUUCACACAGCCGGUAGUAAGUAUAUGGAAUCUGUUACCACGUCAGUAUCAGCAAGUUCAAGAAGUGUGGGUAAAUUAAUGGAUGUUUGGGGAUCAUUAAUUAAUCCCCAAAUAGUUUACUUAGAGAUAUUAGAUGAUAGAACUUUAACCACCAGGUGGGCAACCAAAAAGCCAUUGUUAAUACUGGCAGUCCAUUGGCCUAACUCAGUUUGGGAUGUUUGACUAUUUAAAGACAGGAGGAGUAUCUUCCUACUUCCCUUAAUCAUCUAGUGCAGUUCUUUGCCCACACCAAGCUCUCAAUAGAUAUUUUUGCUACUGGUACUCUUCCUGUUUAUAUUAUCAUCCCAGCAAUCUUGCAGUAAAACCUGAUUUGACCAACCUAAUCCUAAUACUGGAUUUGUACAAAAAUUCAGUACUGCUUGUUUUUUGGGGCUUUUUUUCCCCCCAGUUUUUCUGGGGGGCCUGUGAUGUGGUCCAACUACUGACACUUGGAGAUUGGUCAUUCCUCAGACUGCAAGAUGUCAGAAUUGACACUUCUAGCAUUUCACGAGUGACUGAUGUGUACCCAGUCCUGCAACCUUCCAGACAGAACAUUUUAAACAUGUAAAGAAUUUAGGAUAGUACAGCAGUAGAAAGAUGGUUCAGGAGGAACUGGGAGAAGGAAAGUUUUAGGACUCUUUGGCUGGCGUGGAUGUCCAUGUUGUGAUACACUCACCUACUAUUAGAUAUAAACUAGGAUUUUUUUUUUUUACUCUGAACCACUAAUUAGCAAUUAAAUUCCCAUUAUAGGAAUCAUGCUGACAAACAUGAUACAUAACGGCUAAACAAUUCCUAUAUAUAAUUAUUUCUUUUAUAAUUAAACCCGUAUACUGGAGGAGAUUUAUAAUUUAGAGCUAAUAUCCCCAUUAGUAGAGUUUAUGACUCAAUAAACAGCUCCCACUAGUUAAUAAAUGCCAAAGUCGUAAACACUAGGACUAUUAAGGCAGUAGAAUUUCUGGACCUCCUUCUUCUGCUGGUGGUCCCCAGGCACUGAGGGGAAAUGCUAUCUCAGGAAAAACAUUUAUUCUGGUUAUGUAAAUAUCAAUGAAUUGUCUUAAAAACCCAUCUGGAAAUCUCCCAACCUUCCUGUGUCCCAGGUGGUCUAGAAAUGCUUAUGCAUUCUGCUUAGUUUUCCAACUAGUAGAUAAUUCUUUGGUUUUCAGUAAAAAUAAACAAUGCAACUCAAACACUGGGGUGGAAUUUCUAUUUCUUCUCCCCCCUCUGGGAAAGAGGUGAGAAAAAUCCCAUCCAUUGCUAUUAGUCAGGGGUAUUUCACUUAAGAAAACAAGUUCCAGGAUCUUACAUAUGCUUAACCUUUCUGCUGCUAAUAUUUUCUCAUUUUGAGGGAAAAGUGAGUAUUGUCUGUGGGUGUUCAUGGCAGCUGAAGGUUAAUAUAGGCAAACCUUUUGUACUGGAUGUGCUUGAAACUGAGGGACCGAUUGAUGAAGCUGUUCGAAAACAAAAAUCAAAUCCAUUCUUUUCACACGAAACUGAUUAAAAGCCCUUGAAGUUUACAUGAAAGGGUUGUUGACUCACUGCCGAAAAGCCUAAGGUUAACUAAUUUGGGUGCCUCUGCCUUUUUUUUUUUCACUCAAGUGCAUUCCUGUUUGAAAGGCAAUGAGUUUUAAAUGUGUUCAUUGGCUUCGGUGCUUAUGAAAAUAGUUGCAUAUUAUGGUGGAUGUGGUGGAAAGCAAAAUAAUCAUGAAUGGAAAGACUACUUUUAAGGAUAAAUUUCCUACCUUUGUAUGUCUUUGUUUAGUAUCAGGCAUAUUGCUGAAGUUCAAUAAAGAAUAAAGGUCA